CAGGCUCGCACUUCGGCAGUGCUGCUGAGAGCUUCGCGGGCGCGGUGCCGUUACUCGCAGUCGGGCGGCGGCAGCGGCACAGCGCUGAGCGCACAUCGCGCCUUAGCAGCAGCAGCAGCAGCAGCGGACGUACUCCCGCCGUCACAGCCCCUGCGCUGGUGCAGCCACCCUCGCUCCCUCUGCUCUUCUUCCCUUCGCUCGCACCAUGGCUGAUCAGCUGACUGAAGAACAGAUUGCUGAGUUCAAGGAAGCUUUCUCCCUAUUUGACAAAGAUGGCGAUGGCACCAUCACAACAAAGGAACUUGGAACUGUCAUGAGGUCACUGGGUCAGAACCCAACAGAAGCCGAAUUGCAGGAUAUGAUCAACGAGGUGGAUGCUGACGGUAAUGGCACCAUUGACUUCCCAGAAUUUUUGACUAUGAUGGCUAGAAAAAUGAAAGAUACAGACAGUGAAGAAGAAAUUCGCGAGGCAUUCCGAGUCUUCGACAAGGAUGGCAAUGGUUACAUCAGUGCAGCAGAGCUCCGUCAUGUCAUGACCAACUUAGGAGAAAAACUAACAGAUGAAGAAGUAGAUGAAAUGAUCAGAGAAGCAGAUAUUGAUGGAGAUGGGCAAGUCAACUAUGAAGAAUUCGUACAGAUGAUGACUGCAAAAUGAAGGCCUACUUUCAACUCCUUUCCCCCCUUCUAGAAGAAUCAAAUUGAAUCUUUUACUUACCUCUUGCAAAAAAAAAAAAAAAAGUUCAUUUACUCAUUCUGUUUCUAUAUAGCAAAACUGAAUGUCAAAAGUACCUUCUGUCCACACACACACAAUCUGCAUGUAUUGGUUGGUGGUCCUGUCCCCUCAAGAUCAAGCUACACAUGAGUUUUACGAUAUAAAUACUUGUACUACCUUAAUGAUAAGGAAGCGCCUAGUGGACUCCUUGCAGUUCCAUUGCUCAUGAUUAAUACACUGUUUGGGCUGGCCAGUUUUUCAUGCAUGCAGCUUGACAAUUGAGCACAGUCAGGCAUUUGUAUUAAAAACGAAAAAUGAAAAAACAAAUUUAAAACUACUUCAGAUGGGUUCUAGUUCAAUUUGUUAGUAUGAAUUGUCAUAGCCGGUUUGCUGAAAACAAACAUUUUAAAUUGGUUUACCUCAGGAUGCUGUGCAGAAGCAUGGGUGAAGGAUAAACUGUCUAGUCGUAGCCCCACUUCGCAGGACGGCCCCCUUGUACUUCUGGGUGCCCCCACCCCCGGUGACGGUGACACUCAUCCCGGUGGCAUGCUGCGUGUGUUGGUUUAGCGUUGUCCGCGUUGUCCUAGAGCAAAAUGGGUGUCAGGCUGUCACCAUUCACACAAAUUAAAAAAAAAGAAAGAAAAACCUUUACCAAGGGAGCAUCUCUGGACUCUCUGUUUUUAAAACCUCCUGAUCCAUGACUUGGAGCCGGCAGAGUAGGCUGUGGCCGUGGACCUCAGCACAACCAUCAACAUUUGCUGAUCAAGAAAUUAUAAUUUACGUCCAUUCCAAGUUGUAAAUGCUAGUCUUUUUUUUUUUUUUUUUCCAAUAAAAAAAGACCAUUAACUUAAA